CAAGCCGUCCCCCUCGUUCCCCUCCCCUGCUGGACGCACCCACUCGUUCUCUGCUCGCAGGCCGACAACCACUCCCACCAACACACACAGUCGUUCUUUUAGCCAUGUCCGCCGCCCCCUCCUACCCUGCGCAAUACCCCGCUCAACCUCCGCUCGCCUACCGCGACAACGACACGAAGGCUCCUUAUGACGACCUCAUUGACCAGUACGCUACACCCUACGGGACACCAACACCUAAGACAUACGCGGUAGAUCCCGCUGCCCUCACCCUUACCGACUCGCGUCCUUCCUACGCUCUCCCGAAGCAGUCAUAUUCCAGCGAGUUCACGAAAGACUCCAAGAGUCUUGAAGACCAUGGUCCAGAACCACCGGACUGGGAGUACCCUCCGCUGACGAAAGGAGAGAAGAAGGAGAAGGAAAAGGACAAGUCUUGGAAAAGCUGGAUCCCUGAUUCAUGGGCGUGCCGCCUGUAUCUAUUGACGGUCCUCGUUGAGACUGCAAUCGACCUCGCAAUUGAGGGCGAUCUCAUCUUGCGUUUCCACGAGUCUUCACUAGCCGAUGACCAGGAUAUGGCGACAAGGCGAAUGCCAGUCUAUCUUAGCAUAUUCGCUCUUGCUCACGUGUUCCAGUUCGUCAUGGCUUUGGAUGCCGUAUGGGCUCGUAACGUCCUCCAGUUCAUCUGCCUCGCCAUCUUCAACGCGCUGUUCCUCCUCUACGCCAUCAUCCAAAUCACUGAGAUCAAAUCUGUGACGCUGGAACCGUCAGGGGGGAUGUCAAACAUAUCCAUCAACACCCUCGCCCUCAUAAUCCCCAUCGUCAUCUCUGUCGCCGAGAUUGCCUACAUUGCGCUGGGCUGGCGAAUCUAUACCGAGUUUGGUUGGAAGACCUACAAGUUCCUUGGCGCGGACCGCCGCAUCAAGACCAUGUUCACGCACCACCAGAUCUUCCUCUGUCUCGUCAAGUUUGAUCUCUUCUUCUGGGUCGGCUUCUCGGUGCAGUUCAUCUGGCUUGUCCUGAAUAAGGACAACAUCGAGUACUACCUCACUUGCGCUGCACUCCCGCUGUCUCUCAUUGUCCUCGUCGAGGGACAUCUGGCGGCACGACAUGAGAGCAAGUGGAUGAUGUUGAGCUUCAUGACUGGCUGCGCCGGUGCCAUGGUUUACUUCGUAUUCAAGCUCGUGAAAGUGCUCAAAUAUCACAACACAUCCACGUUCAAGCAAGUCUGGCAGACACUCACCACGUUCUCUGUCAUUGCGAUUGGUCUCUUGGUCUUCACAUCCAUAUUCGCCAUCUUGGUGAUGAACAACUUUGGACGUGGCCUGAAGGAGCAGAUCUCGAAGAACCAAGAUAAACAGGGCCUGACUCGCGGGAAGACACAAUACGUGCAUCGAGGUCCAAUGAGUACCCAUCCAAACCGGAUGAGUAUCGAUUGAUGUAUUGUGUUGUGCCUCCUCGCCGAACGGACUUGUACGAUCACCCACCAGCUGUAUAAUUCACCGCCCUUUCCCAGCGCCCUCCAAUCUCCCUCCGCGCCCCUCGUCUCGCCCCGCCCCCGCUUGACACCCCCACCCCGCGCGGGCCCUCCACCUACUACUUCUGCCUCUACUGCCUACGGACACUACUUACACACCUGCAUUAGUACCCCCUCUGUCUCUCUGCCACCAAUUCGUAUAGCACCCCCUUCCUCCUCCGUCCGCACAUAGCCUUCCCACGGGAUCGCUCGCUCGCACACGCUGAGCCCCCUCUACCGUACUCACGCCCGACUUCUUGUUGCUGGUUCUUCAAUCGACCGGGCGGCGCUCUACUACUUUCGCUCCCCCACAGGCCCCCCUGCCUUGUCCGCGCUUCCCCGCCUCGGCACCGUUCGUUUCCGCGCCCAGCGCCCAGCCCCAUACCGUGCCCGUCUCGCCCCCGACCACAUAGUACCUAGACCUCGCCCUGUUCCGCGUCGC